AUGUUGUCGUGCCCGUCGGUCCUCACCAAAUCGAAAAGCAGUGAGAUUCUAUACUUGUACGUCGGUGUUGGUACCAAAGCCAUAAGUGCAACCCUUAUCAGAGAAUCCAAAGAAGAUAGUCAAAGACCGGUCUACUUCGUCAGCAAAGUUUUGCAAGAGGCCGAGCUGCAGUAUCAACAGGUAGAGAAGGUAGCCCUCACCCUAAUCAUUGUAGCCCGGAGGCUAAGACCAUAUUUCCAAUGCCACCCCAUUAUAGUCAGAACCAACCGACCCAUCCGUCAGAUACUUCAUAAGCCAGAUCUCGCUGGACGAAUGAUGUCUUGGGCAAUCGAGUUAUCAGAAUAUCAACUCAGUUAUAAACCAAGGGCAGCCAUUAAAGCCCAAUCCCUUACAGAUUUCAUCGCAGAAAUGACGUAUGCCGCCAAGCUUACUGACUGCACCGUCGAUGCACAGCUGCCAGCCUUUUGGAGACUCUUUGUGAAUGCAUCCUCAAACGCCAAAGGUUCUAGUGUCGGCAUUAUAAUUGAAAACCCAGACGGCAUAGCAGUUGAACACUCUUUGUCAUUCAAUUUCAACACCACUAAUCAAGCUGAGUAUGAGGCCAUCGUAGCUGGCCUCCUUCAAGCCAAGAAGUUAGGGGAACAACACCUCAAAGUCUUCAACGAUUCUCAGCUGGUGACUUUCCAAAUCUCAGGCGAGUACCAUGCUAAAGGACCCUUGAUGAGCAAGUACUUGGAAAAUGUUAAUGGGUUAAUGGAAAGCUUCAAUGUGGUUGAAGUCGAACACAUAAGGCGAUCAGAGAACACUCGGGCAAACAUCCUCGCCAAACUAGCAAGCACCAAGAGUCCAGGCAACAACCGCGUGGUCGUCCAACAGAAUUUACCCAACCCAUGCAUCAUUAUGAGCAUCUCAGAUGUAGCCAUUGAAAUCGCCAAAGAGUCUUGGACCAUGCCCAUCAUUAAUUAUCUUUCUAAAGGAACCCUCCCUCUAGACCAGAAUGAGGCAAAGAAAAUCGUGGGAAGAAGCGACCACUUCUACAUAGUGCAAGGCCUCCUAUACAAAAGUGGACUUUCAACCUCACUCUUAAAGUGCCUAAAUUAG